AGGCGACUGGUCUUUUGCGCUCCUUAGCCCUCUGUCCACGCACCACUCCGAGGGCUAGAGCCUCCACCCCUUCUACAGCCAGCACCAUGCGCGAGAUCGUGCACAUCCAGGCCGGCCAGUGUGGCAACCAGAUCGGCGCUAAGUUUUGGGAGGUGAUAAGUGAUGAGCAUGGCAUCGACCCCACUGGCAGUUACCAUGGAGACAGUGACUUGCAGCUGGAGAGAAUCAAUGUGUACUACAAUGAAGCUGCUGGCAACAAAUAUGUACCUCGGGCCAUCCUAGUGGACCUGGAGCCAGGCACCAUGGACUCUGUGAGGUCCGGACCGUUCGGCCAGAUCUUCAGGCCAGACAACUUUGUGUUCGGUAUGUCGUCAUGCUCCGUGAGAGCUGGCCAGAUGACUCAUUCCCUUCCUAGCAGCCGUGGGCUUUACAGUUCUGUGUGCAGCAUCCAGCUGAGCCUGUGUCCCACACACCCCAAGUCCUGGCCUAACCUAGUCGACAAUGAGGCUCUGUAUGACAUCUGCUUCCGCACCCUGAAGCUGACCACACCCACCUAUGGUGAUCUCAACCACCUGGUGUCAGCCACCAUGAGUGGAGUGACCACCUGCCUGCGCUUCCCGGGCCAGCUGAACGCAGACCUGCGCAAGCUGGCUGUGAACAUGGUGCCAUUCCCACGCCUGCACUUCUUCAUGCCAGGCUUUGCACCUCUGACCAGCCGGGGCAGCCAGCAGUACCGAGCCCUGACAGUGCCCGAGCUCACCCAGCAGAUGUUCGACUCCAAGAACAUGAUGGCUGCCUGCGACCCGCGCCAUGGCCGCUACCUGACCGUGGCUGCCAUUUUCCGUGGCCGCAUGUCCAUGAAGGAGGUGGAUGAGCAGAUGCUCAACGUGCAGAACAAGAACAGCAGCUACUUCGUGGAGUGGAUCCCCAACAACGUCAAGACGGCCGUGUGUGACAUCCCUCCUCGUGGCCUCAAGAUGUCAGCCACCUUCAUUGGCAACAGCACUGCCAUCCAGGAGCUGUUCAAGCGCAUCUCGGAGCAGUUCACUGCCAUGUUCCGGCGCAAGGCUUUCCUGCACUGGUACACGGGCGAGGGCAUGGACGAGAUGGAGUUCACCGAGGCGGAGAGCAACAUGAAUGACCUGGUGUCUGAGUACCAGCAGUACCAGGAUGCCACGGCUGAUGAGCAGGGCGAGUUCGAGGAGGAGGAGGGCGAGGAUGAGGCUUGAGAACAUCUCAGAUACAUUGUGCACCCUUAGUGAACUUCUGUUGUCCUCCAGCAUGGUCUUUCUAUUUGUAAAUUAUGGUGCUCAGUUUGCCUCUGUCAGAAAUUCACUGUUGAUGUAAUAGUGUGAACCUCUUUCAAGAUCACAGUAUUGUCUCAGAAAUCUAUAUGAAUAAAAAAGCAUGUGUAUAAAAUCUA